CUGUAUUUCUCCGUACACAGUUGACUGAUCCUUGGGGAAGGACAACGUACAGGGCUUUGUUGUCCUUAUGCCUAUUCUCCAUGUGUUCUAUUUUUUCGGCAAAAUGUUCUAAAUAUGAAAAGUGAAAUUAAAGAUGAUGUUCGGCGUGCGAAAUUGGGCAGUUGUGUAAAUAAAAAAAGAUAUUUUUGCUCAAUUGAGUUGGUGGUUAACUUGCCUGAAAAAAGCACCUAAACGAUUGCCGAAACUUGUGAUGAGUGGCUCAAAAGAGGCAAGGAAUCGUUAAAAUACAUCUUGACUCCUGUACAUUUUCUGAUAACUCCCCAAUCGGCAAUGGGGCCCACUCUAUAAUUAAAUGUCCAUGGAUCAGAAUCUUGUGAACUGCUGUGGGCAUCAUAUAACACUGGUACAAUUCUACGAUCCGCUUUGCAACGUUGAUACAGUAUUCCCUAAAAUUUUCAACAUUGACUCUCAACCUACUAGCAAUCACCUGCAGAAUGACGUGGCAUUUUUCAGCUGUUCUUCGUCGACACCAAGGAUUCGCGCAGAGUUACAAUGAGGUGACACAUGAGCAUAUACAGAGGAUCUGUUUUCUUGCGUUCUUACAAAAAAAAGCAAGUAUCCUUGAGCCAUUUGAUGUUACUAGUUUCGUCAUGGACUUUUUUCAUAUUACGUAAAAUUCACAUAAAAUAACUCUUAAGGAUGUACUGUCCUAGAGAAAAAGUGUUUUGGUUUGCCACAACCACUCGUCUAUUGAUUAUUUUGCUACAAAUUUUGUUCAACAUCAUAUGUCCGGACCACAAUGCUGAUGCCUUUCGGAGUCCACGAAAUCCUCGUGAGAACAAUUCUGUUUUCGACAAUAUGGUUACUCUUCUAUUUGGUGGACUUGUCCGGUGGGAUGCGGAAUAUUUUAUUCACAUCGCUAAAUACGGGUUUACGCACGAGGAAACAUUGGUAUUUUUUCCUCUUUAUCCUAUGACAAUUUGGUGUAUCGCGAUAGUAUUACGAGUAGCUUUAUUUAUUUUCAACGACCACAGUGUAAUUGUUCUCACUGCUGUAUUUAUAAAUUUCGUUUGCUUUGUAAGAUCAGCAGUGACUUUGUACGAUCUCAGCAUAGUAGUUCUUAAAAACACGAAUAUAGCCUAUAAAGCUGCAAUAUUAUAUUGUUUAAAUCCAGCCAGCAUAUUUUUCACCGCCGUUUAUUCAGAGUCAAUGUUUGCUUAUUUGACGUUUCGUAGUAUGUUAGCUAUUGUUGAAAAUGAUCCAUACGUAUUCUUACCGUUGAGUAUGUCCACUUUAACUCGUUCCAACGGCUUGUGUAACAUAGGUUUUUCAGCGUAUGAGUUUUUAAAAAAUUUGAUAAAUACUGCCAUACCGAAUUUCUAUUCAGAGUACAGGUACUACCCGUCAAAAUGGUCUUUAAUCUUUAGCUUGCGCCACAUAUUGAUAAACCUUUGUCAGUUUAUGACUGUCUUUAUUUUGUCAUUGAUACCACUUUUUUUAUUUCAUGUAAAUAAUUACACGAAAUUUUGUACUCCUCUGGCGAACGUUACAGAUUUGGCACCACAUGUGGUGCAUUACGCCAUAAAAAAUAACCUCAUUCUACCAGGUAACAGUCAAGUACCUUGGUGUGAUUCAAACAUACCGGUCUCAUAUUCUUAUAUACAAAACAAGUACUGGAACGUUGGAUUUUUACGAUAUUACCAGGUAAAGCAAAUACCUAAUUUCGUUCUUGCAUUUCCAAUGUUAUAUAUCAUAUUAAAUUUUAGCAUUCGGUUCUUGAGAAAACAUAGAAAGCAACUGCCAUCACUUGGUUUGUUCAAGAAAACGGAUCAAAAUGAAAAGACUGCAAAGGGCGGAUACCCUAUAGAAAUGUUUCCUUUCGUAAUACAUGGUUUAUUUUUGUCAUGUUUCUGCAUCCUUCUCGUACACAUCCAAGUUAGUACACGCUUGUUAAGUUCUGCUAGUCCUUUGAUUUAUUGGUAUUGUGCUUUCGCUUUAUCUUAUAAAAGGUCUGCAAAUUUUGAAAAUUUGAAUAAUCUCUUCUCUAAGUGGAAGGUAUUUCUUUUCACGCAAGAAAGACAUUCUGUAAACGACAUAUUGAUUCUAGUAUAUUUUGUGGGAUAUAUUGUCGUAGGUACUUUUAUGUACUCGAACUUUUUACCAUGGACGUAAUAUUAGUAAGGUUAUCAAAUUUGUUACCUUUAUUCGAAAGGACAUUCAUAAUUCCAGAGUGUACUGUGUAAUAAAAUGUAUGAUUUGUUAAA